CUCUCCUAUGGAGGUCGUUUUUCUCAGCUUGGUAGUAUCCUUAGCUUCACAGUGCGGCGCGUCACUUCGCUCGAUACGGUAUGUGUAUGUCGCCUAUAGUAUAAUGUUUGUUAGUGACAAAUAUGAUAGAAUCCCAGAGUUUCCUGGAAAAGUGAAUUUGAAUUAGUGAAGUGUUAUUGGAAAGCUGCUUAUUUUCCGUAAGAAAGCCAUGUAUUCCUCCCUCAUUUUGACAUUAAUUUUUUCAUCAACUACAAUUUUAGGAAUUAACGAUGAGCUUUACUUCUCUGUGAGUCCCAAGGAUCACACUGCGACAGAAAAUGCACCGGUUCGACUAAGAUGUGAGGCUGAACCAAGAAAUAGAGUAAAGUAUUCAUGGAAGAUUAACGGUCAAUCAAUGGCACCAAGUCCUCGAAGGCAUCUUGUAGGGGGUGACCUCUACAUAACGAGAGCUAAUCGAAUUUUUGAUAGUGGUGAUUUUGUCUGCAUUGCAACUCACCAAGUCACUGGAUACUCCAUCGAAAGUUCAUCCGCGAAGAUCAUCGUGCAAUGGAUUAGCGAAGCAAGCGUCCAACUUCAAGAGCCUAAAUUUCCAUCUGCUAUUCGAAGUGGUGGCGAAAUCGAACUCCGAUGUCACGUAGAUGGGUCUGGAAAACUUAAAUACACAUGGUUCAAAAAUAUGGAAAAAAUUUCAUUAAGCGAUCGAAUAGAGAUGAAAAAGAACAAGCUUUAUAUUCAUGGAGUAAUUUUCGACGAUAAUGGUGUUUACACGUGCCUUGCCCAAAAUGAAGUUGUUUCAUCUUCUAUGGCGGAAAAUUUUCCACUUGUAAUUCCAUCAAAUGAUACUGCUACAAUUAAGGUCUUACCCAGCAAUUUAAGCAUCAAAUACGGUGAAAGAGCUGAUUUUAACUGCGUAUUUCAAAACGCUAAGACUGUAAAGUGGUUUUUCAAUAAAACCCUUUUACUAGAGUCAGAUGAAGAGAAAACUGUUUAUGAAAAUGGAACGCUAGUCAUCCACAAAGUUGACCAGGCACAUCAAGGAAUUUACUACUGCCAAGGCAUUAGAGGCAAUAAUGUUAACACUUACGCUGCUGAACUUCGAAUUGCUUAUCUAAGGAAUUUUUCUCCUGCAUCUUUCGAACCUUCUUUACCUGAUCAAUUGGCUAUAGUGGGAGAGAAUCAAGAGCUUCAGAUCACUUGUUUGAUACCCUCAGGUGUCCCGGAGCCUAAAAUUUACUGGCGCCAUCCUGAAGGACAUAUUAUAAGUGACUCUGGGCCUGUUAGAGUUCAGGAUAAUACACUGAUUAUUUCAAACGCCACAGUAGACAAAGAUGUGGCUAAUUAUACGUGUGUUGCUGAAAAUUUAGCGGGAGUAACAGAAUUGCCUGUGCGAGUGAUUGUUUCAAGACUACCGUCUAUAGUUCGCUCACCACAGUCUUUUUCUGUAAUGGAAGGAGAUCCUGUUACGCUCUCCUGUUUUUACAAUGGAAUGGAACCGCCAGUAACGCACGUUAGGUGGCUCAAAGAUGGUGAACCGUUAAAGGCAUCAGGUGGUCCAACUAGACAUCGCGUAAGUGAUCAUCUCGGAAAUGUAACAUUACACUUCAGGAAUGUCGGUCUAGAAGAUCAGGGUACAUACAUGUGCGAAGUGUUCACCAAAGGAUUCAAGAGUAUUUUUACAGAAGCUGCGACGCUAACUGUUAAGGAAAAAUUAAAGUUUUCUCCACAGCCUGUUAGCAGACGUUUAGAACGUGGCUCAACUUCCAAAGUUUCUUGUAAGGCGCAAGGUUCUACUAAUCCAAGUAUAAAAUGGAUUACAGAUGAUGGAAAAGACUUUGCUAAACACGUUCAGGAUAUCAACGGUACCCUUCAUUUCAAUGGUGUUUUGGAAAGUGAUAAGGGGCAUUAUACGUGCAUAGCGACCAAUCCGCAAGGUUCCAUUAAUCACACCAUUAUUGUAGAUGUCGUAGUUUCUCCAAAAUUCACGAUACAACCACAAAAUCCAACAGAAGCAAUUGAAGGUUAUCCCCUGAUGUUACAUUGUGCAGCUGAAGGAGAUCCAAAACCAACAAUUCAAUGGGACAAAGAUUCACGUAUGAAUAACCUAAAUGGUUCAAGAUUUGAGUUUCUAUCUAAUGGUAGCCUUUAUAUCAAAGAAAUAGCUCUGACUGAUGAGGGAAAGUACGGUUGUACUGCGGGUAACAGUGGAGGUCUGAGAAGAGAAGAAAUUCAACUUAACGUCAAAGCUAGUGAAAGUUUUCGUUCCAACUUGGACCUGGAAGCAGCAGAUAAUGGAUCCAUGAUGACGAAAACAGUGACUAUCACACUUAGUGUAGCUGCUGCUUACAUGAUACUGGUUGUUGGAUUGAUGCUAUACUGCCGCUAUCGACGUAUGCAAAGAAAGCAGCAGUAUUUACAAGAGUUGGGAGAAGAUAAUUUAGAAAACGGCGAUGUGCAAGAAGGACAAGCAGAGCUGAAGGAGACAGUCUUCAAAGCAAAUUCAGAGAAGAAGAAGGACAAUCGCGAGUCUCAGAAAAGUGAUGGAGCAGAAACUGCACAAAGUCAGGGUAGCAAUCAUUCGAAGAAAUCUAAAAAUAGCUAUGAUAAGAUCGCCAUUUCUCGAUCUGUUAUCAGAGAACUAAAACCUCUCGGUCGUGGUGAAUUCGGUGACGUAUUCUCUACUAAAUAUCAAAUAGAUAGUGAGAAAGAAGUAGUGGUGAUGGUAAAGAGUCUAACCAAUACUAAGGAUGAAAAUGCUUUACAAGAGUUUAAGCGUCAAUUGGAUUUAUUGCAUAGACUGAAUCAUGAGAAUAUAGUAAAAUUAAUUGGCCUUUGCCGAGAAGAAGAACCUGAUUAUAUGAUCAUCGAACAUACGGACUGGGGCGAUUUAAAGCAAUUUUUAACUGCAUCUCGAAAGGAUCAUACCACUGCAAGUCCUGAUCAUGAUUCUAAGCCUCGAGCACCGCAAUUAUCUGUCACACAAAUUAUUUCUUUGGCGAAUCAAGCAGCUAGAGGUCUCAAGCAUCUUGCGGAUCAUCGUUUUGUGCACAAAGAUAUUGCUGCGAGAAAUUGUUUGAUCGCCAGUAAUUUCACGCUUAAAAUUUCAAUGUCCUGUUUAACGAAAGAACCUUACCAUCAAGAAUAUACCAAAUUUCGGAAUAAUGUAAUUCCACUUCGGUGGUUACCUUACGAAGCAGUUUACGAGGAUGAAUAUUCAACAAAAAGUGAUGUGUACUCCUACUCGUGUUUACUUUGGGAAAUUUUCCAUCAGGGGGAGUUACCAUUUAAUAAACUUAAUGAUGACUCAGUAUUAACACAACUUAAAGCGCGAAGCCUAAAAAGGAAACCACACAAAGCUGCGCCAUCUGCAUUACAGGAACUACAAGUUUUAUGUUGGUCCUAUGAUCCACGAGAAAGAUUGGAUAUUUUUCUGUACUGCAAUGAGUUAUCGAUUGUGAAGCUGGCCAUAAAAUACUUAAAAAGAGAACUUACAUGUACGACAAUUUCUGCUGUGACAUCGAUGACAACAGUAUUACCAAAAAUAAAGUCGAGACUAUACGUAAUGAAUUGACAUGGUCGCAAUCUCUAAUUUCUGUUGAUAACGUUGCUGCCAUUAAUAUCGUAAAAAAAUACUAGUUGCGAUGUAAAUAGGCUUUACAUCUGUAAUUUUUUAUUUCAAAAACUGUUUUAUCCGUGCUCCCAACUUGAGCACUCUCAGUAAGCACAAAGUUCGCGACGUCUUUACGAUAUCGUUACGUCAUCUUUACGACAACUUUACGACAUCCUAUGUCCAUUUAGUUAAAGUGUCUUUACGAUAUCGUCAAGACGUCGUAUAAUCUGACGAUCUCUUCACGAUAUCGUGAAGACACCAUAACGAUAUGGACAUAGGAUGUCGUGGAGUUGUCGUAAAUAUGUCGCCAAAUGUUGUGCCCACUGUGCCUUGCAUCACUGUAUUUGCGGUGUAUAAGGCGCUUCAUUUUCAGUAAAGCGCCUUAUGCAUCUCAUGCGAACAAGUGGAAUGUGCCCGUCUGGGGAACACUGUGUUAUAUACGAAAAUUAGAUCAAUUGUUUUAGUACGUAAAAUAUAUUUCACGUCAGGAAAUUUGGCAGAAUUCACAUUAUUUCAUCAAAUUUGAAAGAUUUUAAAGUUCAAAAUAUAUCUUUUUGCCAACCUAUACAUUUCAAUGCAUUUAAAUAUGUCGUUUUGUUUACAUUUUCGUUUAUAAUAACUGAAUAAUGUCUAAUUUUGUCGAUCUUCAGUGAUAAUCGAAUAUUAUAUUUCUAUGUAAUAAUAUAUGCUGCAAUCGUCCUCAUUCUCUUUAUUCUUUAGACUACUAAUUCGAAUUAAAUUUUAAUUUUAAUUCCAAGUGUUAUUCAACUUGAAAGUCCGAAUUAUAAAUGCACAUAUUUCUGUCCAGCUUUGAACGACGUGUCCGAAUGUAUUUAAAAAUAUAAUAAGUAUCUGACGACCUACGGUUACAGAUAGAAAACCACUGAUCAUCACUUACAUUACAAAACAAAAA